AGCCCCUAGUAUAAAAGCCAGGGCAACAGGCUAACUGCUCGCAAUCUAAGCUGUGCCUUCAAACACACCACAACCAGGCAACCGAAAACCUCCGGAAGAGAUCACAUCCCCUAAAAUGAAGGCCUCUCUUGCUAUCGUGUUUUGCGUGAUUGCCGGUCUGGCGACCGCCGCUCCUGAGAAGCAGUACACAAACAAGUUCGACAACGUAAAUGUGGAUGAUGUUCUAGGCAACAACCGUGUACUGAACAACUACCUAAAGUGUUUAAUGGAUAAGGGACCGUGCACGCCGGAGGGCCGCGAACUGAAACGUCUUCUGCCCGACGCUUUGCAGUCUGAUUGCUCUAAAUGUACCGAAGUCCAGCGCCGUAACUCCCAGAAGGUGAUAAACUUCCUGCGCGCCAACAAGGCCGGCGAAUGGAAACUAUUGCUGGACAAGUACGACCCCAAGGGCAUCUAUAGGGCAAAGCACGAAGGACAUUAAUCUUUACAUAAUUCCAAAGCUACAAGCACUCAUUUCACAAGAACUUAAAUUAAUUCAGAGAUCCACAUUAAAGAUUUUAGUUUUUUAUACCUAAA